AUGGAGCAAAUCACAGGAGCCAUUGGCAGGCCAGCGUUGGCCGCCACGACCAUGCCACCCCCACGCGUCUGUGCAGAUGUGGGCCCCGUCAUCGACGCCGCGGUGCGCUUCAAGAAGUGGUCAAGAGGAAAAGAAACAGAUCACGAGGGACCACUAGGGUACAAUUGGACAUGGGCUGCUUCCAGCCUUUUGCGCUUUGCUUUUCUCUUGACGACUCGGUGCUUUGCCUUUGUUGAGGUGAGCUCUUUGGAAGUCUGGCUAUCGCAUGUACCUCCAAACGUGCGACUUCAGAUCUGGUUCAGCACUGUGGAUCUGCUGCAUUUGCAAGGCAUGGCACAAUGGUUCAGAUUCUCCUCCCGACUGUCCAAGGAGUCAUGCGACGACAGCAGCUUUCGAACCUGGGUCACCGUGUGGCAUCUGAAAGAGCCCCUCAUGCGAAUGAUGAUCACAAGUCGGAGUCGGCAGGAUUCGAGAGAAAACAUGAGAAAGCCGCUUGUAGCCCACGUGGAGUUAAGCGCAUUUUUGUCAGAUGCUGCCUUCCAAGAGGAAACGUGGCGAGAACUUCGCUGUGCGACUGAUGAGGCCUCUGGCAUCCAGUCGUAUCUAAUUGCUGUUAUUCCGGUCCCAGAAGCUUUGUUUGUGCUUUUUCCCGGGGGUCUAGGUGUAAUAUGUCUGUAA